AUGUCUCACGACGACCCCGCGGAGCAAUUCCUUCGCCCUCCAAACACGGAAGAAGAAUACCCUCCUCAGUACCGACAGCCCUCGAACUAUAGCCCUCUCUAUACCUUCCGUCUGCCUCCCGGCGAAAAGAGACACUACCAACAGCAGUAUGCUGAUUUAUACUUCGUACGACUGGCGAGAUUGAAGGAAGCUGCAGCGGAGCAAGCGCUGGCUGAUUGGUCUGAUGCUGAAAUCGCCGGUGAGAAAGCUCGUCGGGUGGAUCGAGUGCUGGAUGUAAGGCAGGGCGAGUUCUGCUGGGUGAUUGGGACGGUAUACAUGGAUCUACCUCUGAAGCCGAAUAUUUUGGAGGAUAUCUCGAAAGAGCAUUUCACAUCCCUCCCUCCUCCUCGUGAGACGUAUCACGACACUUCUAACCAGGGGGACGUACAAACCAUGCUCGAGGAUGAAUCCGGCCGGCUUCGUCUCACCUGCACUGCGCUUCACUCCCCUAUGCUUGUUACCGGUGCCAUUAUAGCCGUUCUCGGCACGGAGAAUGCCAAUGGCGAUUUCGAGGCUAUAGAUAUCAGAUUGCCGGACUUACCACCCCAGCCUGUCCGCUGGCAACAUGAGCCUAAAGAUUCUAGCAAGAGGAAGAGAGGCCAGGCGGAGACUGAGGGAGGACGGAGAAAAAAGAUUGCGUUGGUCAGUGGACUGGGUAUCUCUGGGGAGUCUGGAGACACGGUAACCUUGACGUUACUGGCCGACUUCCUCCUUGGCUAUGGCGAAGGUAUCGGUAACGCCGAGGAUGAUUCAAGCCCCACGCGCUCUACGCAAAUAUCUCGAUUGAUAAUCGCCGGUAAUUCUCUAGGAGGCGAAGUCACCGCCGCUGUUGCGCUGGAGGACGCCAUCUCCAUGACGAAGAAGGGACGCGAGACAAAAAAAUACAAGUACGACGCAUCGGACUACAAUGCCUCUCCAAUCACGCACCUAGACAAUUUCCUCGCCGAGGUGCUUCCCAGCAUUCCCGUAACAAUCAUGCCCGGCGCAACAGACCCAGCAAACUUCUCACUUCCGCAACAGGAAAUCCACCGCGCCCUGUUCCUUCGCUCCCGAAAUUACUGCUGCCUGCCCCACCCAGGCGCAGAUGAGCCGCCGGAAUUCGGGUGGCUGGACACAGUCACGAACCCGUGGCAGGGCGACAUCGAAGGGUGGAGAUUCUGGGGCUGCAGUGGGCAGAAUGUCGAUGAUGUUCUGCGAUAUCUCAAUCCCGAGGAAGAUAUUACUAAAAACAGCGGAGACCGAGAGGGAGACACCAGGCUGCAAGUUAUGGAGGCGAUGCUACGGUGGAGGUGCGCCGUGCCAACUGCACCGGAUACGUUGUGGUGUUAUCCUUUUCAAGACUACGACCCCUUCAUCUUGGAGGAUUGUCCGCACGUGUUCUUCAUUGGCAACCAGCCUACGUUCAGAACUGCAGUCGUCGAAACAUACCCCUCGGAGGCUAUGGAUUUAGAAGGUACUGAGAACGGUUCCAGAGUGCGGCUUCUUUGCCUUCCUAAGUUCCGUGAAACGGGAGAGUUGAUAUUGUUGGAUGCGGAGACUCUAGAGGUGGAGGUGAUCAAGUUUGAGACCUUGAAGGCUAAGAAGAUGGAGGAAGAGGAGGAGGAGUAG